UUAUCGAAAAUAAAACCUAAAUCUAAAUUUAUUUGUUUAAAUCCAAAGAACCUAACUGAAUCUUAAAAAAAAAACAAAUAAAAGUUCAAAGUCAUUCCAUUCAUAAAAAAGACAAAACAAAAAUUAUACUUAUUAAAUGUAAUUUAUCAAAUAAAAACUAUUAAAGCCGAUACGAUAUACAACAACGAUGGACGACGCCAUAUCGAGACCCUAAAUGUGUGCGGGGAUCUACACCAAUUACAUUAUUUUUCUUCAUCAUUGAAGCAAAUUGUUCACUUUUCAUCAACUUCAUUUCAGUCUCAAUUUGGUCGUCAAAAUGAGAACAGUAUUUCUUUUCGCGAUAAUUUUAAUUCCAGUUCUAGCUUACCCAAAGCCUGGUCCUCGAAUAGAUGCCACCAAAGGUGAAGUGUGGCCAAAGCCCUUUUCUCAGAAAAAUACUGGCAAAUUCUAUCAAAUUGAUCCUAAAAAUAUCGAAUUUGUGGUGACACAGAAAAAUUGCUUUUUGCUACAACAAGCAAUUUCCAGAUACACCGACAUUAUCAAAACAUCUGUCAACAGUCCAAUUUACGCUGAUGUCACUCCACCGCCAACAAUCUUAAAGACAAUCACCCAUUUCGAUGUGAACCUAACAAAGCCCUGCGAAGCAUUACCCCACUAUAAAAUGGAUGAGUCAUAUUAUGUGUAUGGUCAUGGAAAAGUAGUCUCGAAUUCUAUUUGGGGAAUAUUGCGUGGCCUGGAGACGUUGUCACAAAUUUUGGUGCCAAUGUCAAAUGGAAUGUUACGCAUUCCAGAAACAGAAAUCUACGAUAAACCAAGAUUUCAAUAUCGUGGUUUUAUGUUAGAUACAGCUCGUCAUUUUAUAAAUGUUUCGAAAAUUCUUCAACUAAUCGAUGGAAUGGCUUAUAAUAAAUUAAACGUUUUUCACUGGCACAUGACAGAUGAUUCAGCAUUUCCAUACAAUAGUACUAGAUUUCCAGAGUUGUCGGCAAAGGGAGCAUAUAAUUCAAGGAUGACCUAUUCGAAAUCUGAUGUGAAUCAGAUUAUUGAACAUGCAAGAGAAAGAGGAAUUCGUGUUAUACCUGAAUUUGAUACUCCAGCUCAUACAGCAUCUUGGGGUGCUUCGCAUCCGGAAAUAAUGACAGAAUGUUUUGGUAAACAUAAUGGUCAACUUGGACCAUUCAAUCCAACAAGCAGGCAAACUUUUAACGUACUGGAUAAGUUUUUUAGUGAAAUCAAAGAUCUCUUCCCUGAUACCUACAUUCACAUUGGCGGUGAUGAGGUUGAUUCUGCAUGCUGGGAAUCAAAUCCCGACAUCCAACAAUACUUAAAGGAGCACGGACAAGACUCUGGGGAUCUACCUUACAUGUUUUUUGAAAAACUUACAAAGUACCUCUAUCGAAAUGGUCAAACACCGAUUUUAUGGCAAGAGGUUAUUGAAGAAAAUCCCGGAAUAGAACUUCCCCAAGGUACAAUGGCACAGGUUUGGUUCAAUUCGAAGAAAGCAAUGCCAUCGCUUACCAAAAAAGGUUACACAACAAUCUUUAGUGAUGGUUUCUAUUUGUAUGCUGGCGAUGAUGGACCUGAUUGGAUGGACUUUUACAAUAUCGAACCGACUAAUUUUACUGGCGAUGCCACUCAAAAGAACCGCGUAGCUGGCGGAGAGGCUUGCAUGUGGACAGAAUGGGUAAAUAACAACAAUGUCAUGACAAUGGUAUUUCCACGUGCUAGUGCUGUGGCCGAAAGACUUUGGUCAAAAGAAACGCAAAAAGAUACUGAUGAAGCUGCACCACGGAUGGAAGAACACAAUUGUAGAAUGUUAUGGCGAGGUAUUGAAACUCGACCCGCUAACGGAUAUGGAUUGUGUUAAGAUUUUAAUCCUCUCAUAAAAAAAAAUUAAAUUGUUUGUUUGGUGAAAUGCAA